GAGGGGUACAGUUAGAGAGAUGCCUCAGUGGUGCCUUAGUGCUAUAAAGCAACAGAAGAACAAAGCCUGGGAAAUGCUAUUUUCCUUCCUUGGUUUUCAGUCAUAACUACAGAAGCAAAGUACAAGAAUGGACAGAUUUCUGAAAUGGAUUUGUGGUGUUUCGGCUAUUAAACAGAAGAAAGGAAUGGAUGAGCGUAGCCCUUUGCUUAAUAAGGAUAAGGGAAUCCAAAGAAAUGAUGAGAACUCAUGCGUCUGCAGAAGUCAUGAAGAAGAUAAAGACAGCCUUUUGGCUGGGGAUACUGAAAGGAUGAUAAAAAUAAAUGCUCAGAUCUGCUAUUGUCAUGGCCAGGAAUAUGCUGAGAAGGACCACGCGGGAUCGUACUUUGCAGACAACCACGAUGAUGGGUUGGAGACUGAGGAUCUGGAAGGAAAACAUCACUUUCUACAGCUGCAAGAGUAUCACACGCAUGUCACUGACGUGACUAGCUGUUGUGUCAAGUACUUGUUGUUUGUCUUCAAUUUCAUUUUCACUGUUCUGGGCCUUGGAGUCUUAGCCAUUGGACUCUGGGGUCUAAUAGUUAAGAAAUCACUGGUAGCAGAGCAUAUCAGCCACAUAAGCACUGACCCAAUGUUGUUUCUGAUGUUGCUGGGCUUAAUUGUGACUGUUUUGUCCUUGUCAGGUUGCGUGGGUGCUCUCCGGGAGAACACCUGUCUUCUCAUAUUCUUUACAGUAGGGAUUGCAACAUUUGUCAUCUUGGAAGCCAUUGUAGGCAUACUUUUAUAUAUUUUGCGGGAUGAGAUAAGGAACUCUCUGCAGAAUGGCAUGCUGACAGCAAUAAGAAGGUACCAGGAUGAUGCUGACUUGCAGUUCAUAAUAGAUGAGAUACAAAAAGGCUUGCACUGCUGCGGAGUGGAGUCGUAUCAUGACUGGGAAAUGAACAUGUAUUUUAAUUGCAGUUCUCCAGGGAUAUAUGCCUGCGGUGUUCCUGCUUCUUGUUGCAUUGAUCCUCAAGAAAAUGGUACUGUUACAAAUUCUCAGUGUGGCUUUAGAGCUCUUCAGAUGGAUGAUAUUUUAGCUCAGGAUAUUGUCUACGUCAGUGGCUGCAUAUUCCAGAUAAGCGGCUGGAUCAGUACCAAUAUGAACUUCUUUAGCAUCAUUUGUGUCAUUGUGGUCAUUGUAGAGGUGAUCGGUAUUCUGUUUGCAACAAGACUAUUGGAUGACAUUAAACUACAGUUUGCUCACUGUUAGAAUAAGCUGUAAUACAGUUUUCUUUGCAUAUAUUUAACACAGAAGAUGUCACCACCUCACAAUGUUAUUGCUUUUCACAAUUAUAUGCUGAAUUUUCUCUUCUGAAAACAUGUAUGUUCUUAUAACAGUCCAUUUCAUUUUAAAUCUUACUGGUAUGUCUUUCUCAUGUGGAAACAAUGUGUUGGCCAUUUGCCCAGGAAACCCAAAUGUAUGUUAUGGUGAUAGUAACAUGGACAUGGUAUUUUUUAGGGGAGGAAUAAUGAUGUUACUUUAGUGGAUAACUAAGAAAGCAAUAUUAAUGACAAAAAUGAUGGUCUUAACUGAAUUAUUAAUGUGUACAAGGAGAAAAACAUAAGGGGUAUUAUGGUAAUUAUGUACAGGACUUUUACUCCACAUCCUUUGAGACAAAAAUGCUUUUAUUUCUUCUUCUUCUAGACUUUUUGUUCUGUGUAAUAGACUGCAGUAUUUAUUUAGGUAGCAGUAUAACAGAUCUACUUUUGACUAAAUUAAGAUGUGAUUUAUCAACAACAUCAUAGGUUAGACAAUGUCAGGCUACAUUCUAAAAGAGAAUGCAUAUUUUGUAGAACUGUAUGUUUUAUAUGACAAUGGAAUUACAAUUUUAGAGAAAAUAUAUAUUUAAAUCAGCAAUCAGGUACAAUAUGUUAAACUGAGCAAUUAAAGCCAUUUAGCUCUCUGAAAUCUACUUAUCAAAAUCUGGAUGCCACACGUCAGUUUGUAAGACCUUUAGAAACAUUAAUUUUACCCACUUUUACUAAAUACUAUUUACAGUGAAAUGUUAAUGAUUUCAAUUUUUUGUAGCUAACUACUAUAAAGUCAAAAAGAAAAGGAAGAGCUACAAACCACACUACUGUUUAAUAAAGUGUUUUUUCAUAGCAUCCAUGUUCACCAGCAUAUCACUCAACAUCCAAGGCCAUGUGUGUUUCUCACUAACAAUAGCCAUGGGAUAUGGACGUACAUGUGCAAGUGUAGAAACAUUUAUGUGCUGGCUUCAAUAACAUAGGAAUGCACUCAGAGCACACAAACUAGUGACUGAUCAAGAAAACAAAGGGGAGGGGGUCGAGUGGCUAUCAUAGUGGUUAAAACCAAACUCAAAGCAUACAAAGAAAUGAAAAUGAAACAAAGAAACAGAACACUGAUUCAAAAUGGGGUAGCUUGGAAAUUUCUGUAGAAACAAGAUGACUGAUGAAGCCAAAAGAAUAGUUACGAAGAGUAAAAUUUAAAUCAGGACAAAGUAGGAGACAGUCACAAACAAGACUCAAAGCAAAGAAAAAUAGUCAUUUUCAUCCAGAAGAGUAAAUAAAACUAUUCAUGUAUGCUGGUGGAAGGUAACAGAUAUGGAAAAAGGGGAAGAGAAAGGGCAAGUAAAGAGGGUGGCAGAUACAGACGGGAGUAGGUCGACAGUGUGAGGCAGAGGUAACGAACGCUUACAGUCAGUAUUUAUGAAAGUCAUUGGGUUUCUAGGGGUUUCCUAUAAUAAUUAGGUGUCAUUUCAUAAAUAGUGCAGAUUACUAUUCUAAACAGUUGCAUAAUGGCAUGGAGUCUAAGAGAUGGUGAAAACUAAUGCAUUUCUCCUUCACAAAUAAUGAAGAGGUACAGGCAAGAAACUGGAUCCUCUAUGAGAAAUUAAUGCAUAGCCUGCCAACUGCAAACACAGUGAUUUCAACUUAUCGAAAAAGAUAGUCACUGACCCUCUGGGUGACAGCCCCAAUAAUUUUUUUUUUACAAGGGGCAAGCUUCUCUGCAGCCCUCCAAGGUCUUUGUCUACCAAAUUAUCUUAUUUAAAUAUACUAAGUUAAAGGCAAUGCAACUGUGGGAAAAAGAAAAGCACCCCUAUGUUUGCGGAGAUGGAUUUGGGAAGGUUACAGUCAAAAGAACUAUCCCAAUAAAUGUUGAUGGAGAAAACAAGACUCACUUCUAAAAGGAAAACUGAAUUCCUAGUGUGGCCUUACAUAUAACAGGGAUAGAAGAAGAAGAAGAAGAAGGAGGAGGAGGAGGAGGAUGAGAUUGUGCCCAAUAAAUCUGAUAAAGCUCUUUGACUGGACUGUAGCAGUAGCAGUCCAGGACAAGACUGUGGGUGGGGUCUAUUUAAGCUUCAGCAAGUAAUGCAAGAUUAAUAAGUCAUUCAGUCAAUGAACAAGCCCGAGCAUAAUGGGCUGAAUGAAUGCUUAACUUGUCUGAACCAUAUGAAUGAACAAGGUCAUUGGAAUAUGUUCUGAGAUAAGGUUAUUUCUAGACAAGUAUGGUGUUCACUACUGGCUCUAGUCCACUUUAACAUCAUUACAUUAAUCACUAAAGACAGGUUAAAGAAAAAGUGUGAAUUUUUGGUGAAGAUGAAAAGAUACACAACAUGACUGUUGCACAAGUUAAAGAACUGCAUUCUUGAAGAAGUAGUGUGUUCUAAAACUAUGUGACAAUUCAGAAAUAUGUAGGAAGUAUGUAAGACAGUUCUACUGAUUAGAGAUUACAGAAGGAGGGCUUUUCAUUAGCAAAGUCUGAUAGGUUAAGUGCAGGGUUGGGGGGAAGUGGGGUUAGGAAAUCCUAUCAGGCUCAGCCCCCAACUCUGCUUCUCUGCUUCACUGCAGCAGAAAAAUGCACAGCAUUAAAACUUCCUGUCUUAAAUAUCAAUCACUUUAAAUAGAUUAGAAAAUGAUGUUUCACAUAUUUUCAGUUCUAUAGUCAGUCCCUUAAAUGUUGGUGGAGAUUGUCUGAGUUCACUAAUGUUGACAAGUUUCUGAAAUAAGUUAAUUCUGUGAGACCUGUUGAUAUGAUGUCUGAGUUCACUAAUGUUGACAAGUUUCUGAAAUAAAUUAAUUCUGUGAGGCCUGUUGAUACGACAUAUUGUCACCAUGCUGAUUAUAUUAAUAUGCCUCUGGCCCUCAUGGUUAUGAUAGUUGCUAGGUCUCCCUGACUUUGUUAAUUCUGCUUCCUGUGUUCCUCAAAACUGUAAAGUUUAUUUGACCCAAAAACUCACUGUUGUGAAACAAUGAAUGAAUGACAGUAUUUUGUAACAUUAAAAAAUGCAUGUAGUAAGUUUCUUACUUGCAUUUAACACAUUUACUGCACUGUAAUAUGAUAUAUUUAAGGCUGGAUGUUUUUUUUUCUCCGUAUUGCUGAUUGCACCUGACAUGCUCCUUAUAUUCCAUUCUCCUUGAAUAUUUCACUCAAUGGGGUCUGUACUGUAAUAUGACCCUUUGCCAGGUGUGCCCUUUCUCUCCAGGGAAGAAAGUGUCAGCUAUGUGAGCAGGCAUUUACCCUUCACUAGGGAGAGGAGAUAAUAUCAUACUAGUCCUGUCAUACUGUGGUUGACUGAGGUUUUUUGCAUGUAUGCAUUACAAUUCACUUCAUGCUUAGACAGUAUUCAAACAUGAGUGUGUAGUGGACAGCACAAGAGAAGUUAUCCACCUCCAUGGGUGAUAUACCCACCAAGAAGUCCUGCCCACCUUGUAAGCAGAUUCAUCUUUGUAGUUGCUGGAUUCCACUAAGGACUGAUAGAAAGUGUCUCCCAACAUGCACAUCUCCAUUCUUCCCCACAAAGUGACAUUCUGCCACUGGCUGGGAAGCUAAUCAAGCCCAGGGUUGUCUGAUGUGUAGCCAGGGUUACAUCUCUCUACACCGUAGAGCUGAGAUAGUUAUAGUUGAAAGAUGUCAUGAGUUUGAUAGUCUUCUACCAUAUUAUAAAGGGUAGGUAUGUUUAGAACUAAAAUACUUCACUACAGGAAAACUAGACAGUUGCCAAUACAGUGUGAACUAGUUUCUAAAAGGACACACCCACACAUCACAGGCCCUGGUGAUUGAAUCACCAGAAAAGACCACAGACACCAAAACAACUAAUGAUAAGACUAUAAAAAGGUUUAAACAUGUCUAGAGCUAGUAGUGUUUGGCUUUAUUGGCCUGCAUACCUUAAAACAGACCUGCAAAAAUAAAUAAAUAAAUAAAUAAAUAAAAGACCAGAGGCAUUCAGAAGACACAUAGCUGAAACAUUUGUAUGUCCUUAUGGGUUUAUUUGAAUAUUUCCCAUGAGCCUCUUUCAAAUGAGGUUUAAGAUAUUAUAGUGUUUUUUGAUGUUUUGGCCUAUGAGUUUUUAUUUUGACUUUUUUUAGUUGUCGAUUUGUUCGUUAUUUGGAAAUUUUGAAGUCACCCAAAUGUAAUGGACAUAAAGCUUU